GUUCUUGCCAUUUCUUGCCCUGGAUGACCAUAUAUUUUCCUAUUUGCACCUCCUACUAAACCCUAGAACAUACCUGUCAAGCAUACAGAUGUUUAUUGAGAGAUAUCAACUAUAGUCUCAUUGUACUCAGUGGCCAAACUCGGAGCAAAACGAUUCAAGUUUAGACCCUGAGGCCACCAAACUACAGGCCGACACAUUGCUAAACUACAAUUCCCAGGAUGCCAUUGAACUCCGAUGUUGCAGUGUAUCUUGGGAAGGAUGUUCUCAGCUCUGCUUGGGCCCCAGGGUGGGGAAGCGCCAAAGUUGGUGCUUGAGGGUACGGAGGCUGUGAGGAUCGGAUCUCGCCUGAAUUUCCUCGGAACUCAUUUUGCCGGGCAGCUGUUUUAGCCGGCAGGAUUUAAGAACCGUGUCACUUCCGGUGAUACCGGAAGUCGCUUGAAAAUGGCGUCCUCCACGGUAGGCAGUCCUGCCUCUGGAGCGGUGGGAGCUACGAAGAAAGAAUUUCGAAGUCAGAAGCCGGAUACAGAAAACCGAGAUGAACCAGAACUCCUUACUGUUCCUGAUGGUUGGAAGGAACCCCCUUUUUCUAAAGAAGACAAUCCCAGAGGACUCUUGGAAGAAAGCAGUUUUGCAACUUUGUUUCCAAAAUACAGAGAGGCUUACUUGAAAGAGUGUUGGCCUUUGGUGCAGAAAGCCUUGAGUGAACAUCAUGUUAAUGCAACUCUGGACCUGAUUGAGGGCAGUAUGACUGUGUGUACUACAAAGAAGACUUUUGAUCCAUACAUUAUUGUUAGAGCCAGAGACCUAAUAAAACUGUUAGCAAGGAGUGUUUCAUUUGAACAGGCAGUACGAAUUCUUCAGGAUGAUGUUGCAUGUGAUAUUAUUAAAAUAGGUUCUUUAGUAAGAAAUAAAGAGAGAUUUGUAAAAAGAAGACAACGACUUAUUGGUCCCAAAGGAUCUACAUUGAAGGCAUUGGAACUCCUAACAAACUGUUAUAUCAUGGUUCAAGGAAAUACAGUUUCAGCCAUCGGACCUUUUAGUGGCUUAAAGGAGGUUCGAAAAGUAGUACUAGAUACCAUGAAGAAUAUUCAUCCAAUUUAUAACAUUAAAACCUUAAUGAUUAAACGAGAAUUAGCAAAAGAUUCUGAAUUACGAUCACAAAGUUGGGAGAGAUUUUUGCCACAGUUCAAACACAAAAAUGUGAACAAACGCAAAGAACCAAAGAAGAAAAGUGUUAAGAAGGAGUAUACACCAUUCCCACCACCCCAGCCAGAAAGCCAGAUUGAUAAAGAACUGGCUAGUGGUGAAUACUUUUUGAAGGCAAAUCAGAAGAAACGACAGAAAAUGGAAGCAGUAAAGGCUAAACAAGCAGAAGUUCUUAGUAAGAGACAAGAGGAAAGAAACAAAGCAUUUAUUCCACCUAAAGAAAAACCAGUUGUGAAACCAAAGGAAGCUUCUACUGAAACUAAAAUUGACGUGGCGAGCAUCAAAGAAAAAGUUAAGAAAGCAAAGAUGAAGAAGCUGGGAGCUCUUACAGCUGAGGAAGUUAAGCUUAAGAUGGAAGCAGAUGGAAAGAAAAAGAAGAAAAAGUAACAUAGAAAUCUGAACUAGAAGCCAGGCACUAGUGGCUCAUGCCUGUAA